AUGGAACAAUUUUAUAUUAGUAGCUAUAUCAAAUUCAUAUGGGUCAUAAUAUCCCACAACUCAACCUCCACUUCCACUUCUACCCAACAAUCAUUUAAAUCUUUCCAACAAUUUAAUACUAAAUAUGGGGAAUUCCUUCAAAAAUUGAUUCUUGAUUCUCAAUUAUCUGCAACUAAUUUAAUGAUUAGUUUAUAUUAUUUAUAUAAACAUUAUCACACAAAUAAUGUGUUAUUGCACGACUACUGCUUUGAUGUUUUAGAUGAAGAAGAUGAAGAAGAAGAAGAUAAUGAAUUAUUCAACUCCAUGCUAAUAUAUAAUGUCAUAAUAUCAUUGGUAUUAUCUAAUAAAUCCUUUGAUGAUCAAUCGUUUACUUUAAAAACUUGGUUAAUUAUUAUUGACAGCACAUUAAACACUACCACUAUCACUAACAACAAACCAUUGAUUAAUAUUGAUUUGAAAUUAUUGAAUUAUUUAGAAAAUUAUUUCUUAUCAUCAUUGAAUUUCAAAUUAUCAUUUCUUGAUAUUGCCAUUAAUCCUAAAUUUUGGAAAAUUUUAUCAAAUUCUAAAAUUUUUAGUAUUAAUCAAACAAUAUUGAAUAAAUUCAAACAAUUGGUAAUGAUUACCAAUCCUACAAACAUCCCCACUACAACUAAUACUACAACUAACCAAGUAACCAACGUUAUUAAUAAUAUUAAUCUUGUGUUUUCACCAUUACCAUCAACACCAAUUUCAUCAUCUAUGACAAUGUUAGCUACAACUUAUAAUGGAAUUAACAACAAUUAUAAAGUUGUUGCCAAUUCUAACAAUACUACUAUUACUCCAUUCACUAAUUAUUCAUUAACACCAGCAGUAGUACAUGUUAGAGAUCAUAUACAAGGUCAUGGUCAUAGUCAUACACAUUCUCAUGCAAGAAGUAUUAGUAGCAAUAAUAACAACAACAAUAAUUUCUCAUCACCAUUGAAUAAUAUUUCUACUUUUUCAUCACCUUUAAACCAUCCAUCAACUCCAUCAACUCCUUAUUAUGAUGACAAUUAUCAUGUAUGUUUGAAAAGAAGAAGAGUCAUGGGAGCUGGUAGUAGUGGCCAAGUUCAACCACAUUAUUAUUUACCACCACACCCACAACCACAACAACCAAUGGUGUUAUUGCCAUCACAAGAAUUUACUUUUUCUCAACCAAUGCAAUAUCAAUAUCCACCAUUACCAUUACCACAACCACAGCAACAACAUUUAGAUCCAAUGCCAGUUCAAGCACCAGUAUCAAUGCAAUCUAUUUCAUCUAUUUCUUCAUUUACACAGAAUAGUGGUAGUAGUAAUUCUAAUAAUAGUCUUAUUAAUGGUAUGUCUAUUGGAAUGAAUUCUACUAGUGUUGUCACUACUGCAGCUUCUACUGUUGCUACUGCUGAUGUUCAACAACAACAACAACAACAUCAACAACCAAUGAUGAUGCCAUAUUAUCCAUUGCAACCACAAGCUAACUCACAACAAUUUAAUUUAUUUUAA